UGCAUUUGUCAACAAGCCGUAUCCUCCGACCUGUCACUCUUAAGCACCAUGAAUACCCAAAGAUCAGCGUUUCGGCUUUUGAAGAGGAUAGGAGACACGGCACGAUGCCGCAACUUCUCCAAAUUCAGCGCGUCUUCAAGGCCGAUCCCGCCCUUGGGCAACAUCCCGAUGCCAUACAUCACUGAGGUCACGUCCGGGGGCUGGCGCACAUCCGACAUUUUCUCCAAACUGUUACAAGAGCGGAUAGUAUGCUUGAACGGUGCCAUUGAUGACACCGUAUCGGCAUCGAUCGUGGCCCAAUUGCUAUGGCUUGAGUCGGACAACCCGGACAAGCCCAUCACCAUGUACAUCAACUCACCCGGCGGCGAGGUGAGCUCAGGACUCGCCAUCUACGACACAAUGACCUAUAUCAAGUCGCCCGUAUCGACCGUAUGUGUGGGCGGCGCCGCGUCCAUGGCUGCCAUUCUCUUGAUCGGCGGCGAGCCGGGGAAGCGGUAUGCCUUGCAACACAGCUCCAUCAUGGUGCACCAGCCACUGGGCGGGACGCGCGGCCAAGCGGCCGAUAUCUUGAUUUAUGCAAAUCAGAUACAGCGGAUACGGGAGCAGAUCAACAAGAUUGUGCAAACCCACGUCAACAGGGCAUUUGGCUACGAGAAGUUCGAUAUGAAAGCCAUCAACGAUAUGAUGGAGCGGGACAGAUACCUUACAGCCGACGAGGCCAAGGAAAUGGGUAUCAUUGACGAGAUUCUGCAUAAGAGAGAAAAGGGUGAGGACAAGCCCGGGGUCGGCGACGGCAAGGUGAAGCUGUGAGAUGCGGUCAAACGAAAUGGCGCCAGUUGGGGCUGCACAACCCACCUUCGCGCCCUGAGAUCACGAGAAACAAAGAGCUACCCAGUCCGCUCUGCACCACACGGAUUACACAGCGUUUGGGUGCCCCAAUUACUCCCACUGGUGUUUAGUCGGAUUUUACGACCAGAGGGGUAUUCAGCCCCCGGGGGGGGGGAGGGGGAAUGGCCGCGGUUACAUCGAUUCGCAUGGCAGAGACUUCACAAGAGACCGAACAACGCCGUAAUCUAGAUACUUGCAGAGUCUAUAGAGUACAACCUUGUACGUAUUUUGAGCGAUUCAGGAUCGUUGACCCCAUUAGUUUCUGUUUGAACGGAUAGCUUUAGCAAGUUUUGAAGAGCCCCUUCAAUCCCA